CAAAUGUCAUUGUCAAAAUCAAAACAUUUCGAAUUUGCGACGCGAGUGUUGAAUUUUAGCCAGAAAAAUGUCCGCAAGGAAAACUAUCCAAGUGGGAACUAAAAGUGUAAGGCCAGUGCUUUCCAUGAAUCAUGGGGAGGCUAAAAUGCGAGUAUUGAGCUUGUACAAGGCUUGGUAUCGCCAAAUCCCUUACAUGGUCAUGGACUAUGACAUGCCAAAGAGUGAAGACCAAUGCCGAGCUAAGCUGAAGGAACUGUUCCUUAAAAACAAAGACGUCACUGACGUCAGGGUUAUUGAUAUGCUUGUUAUCAAGGGUCAAAUGGAGCUCAAGGAAACAGUAAACAUAUGGAAACAAAAAGGACAUGUAAUGUCCUACUUCAAGCCCACUGAAGAACCAAAACCUAAAGAUUUCCUUUCAAAAUUCUUUACUGGCAAUAAUGAAUAAACAAUUUCAAUAUAGAAAUAUGUACAUAGUCAAAUCAUAAACUAAGUUAAAUAAACAAAAUGUUGAGAAAUAGAUCAUUCAAAUAAUAUUUGUUGCGAUUUCAA